UGGCCCUGGGACUCGGACUGCGUUAUACCUCGGGCAGAUACAUUUCUUUUAGGUCUAUGGCAGAUACCGACGCCUAAUAAAUGCGGCCGCGCAUUUAUUAAUAAUUAAUAAUAAAUGCGUUAGCUGUGCAUGCCUGACGGCAGAAGAGUUUAGUUUUUACACCGGGAGUAUGGAGGAGGCUGCCUUGUUGCAUUACCUGCAGCGAUGGAACUGUUCAGUGACAUACUGUAGGGCUCUUUGAACACGUUAUGCAUCCCUCUAUCAUCACUGACAAGUGCAGAAUCUUUCCGCGAUUGCAUUCAUAUAGGCCUAGCAGCGGUUCUGUGUACAAUGCAUCAUGCGUAACGUGAUCAUGGGUAAUGUAAUAAGGUAGUGCAAAGCUGUAGUUUAGGAGUGGCGCCCGUGGGCAGUGAGUGUGACAACGACAUACUGUUUCUAAAUUGCCAGCAGAUAAGCUGUGUUCGAAAUGCUCACUCGUUCACUAUAUAGUGCACUAUAUAGUGAAUCAGCCAUUUUGUAGUGGUGUUCGAAAUUUAACUGAAAUGUCCGUUCACUACUUUCGUUCCCUACAAAUUCGUCGCGCGACAUGCCUAAAUGUAGGGCACAGAAGAUGUACACUACCUGAAUCAACAUAGACCACAAUGCAUUGUGGACCAUCCCGAUUCCCGCGAAAAGUCAAAUGAGCCGUCUGCCUCCCAGCUGACAUACAGAUGAUAUCGCCAGCCCAGCUGAUAACAUGGACGCCGGUAUGCUCUACAAAUGGACUGAUGAGGACGUUAGUCGCCUCAUCAAUUUGAGGAGGAGCAAGGAGAGGCUAUUCUCGGGAAGGAGAAAUGCUGCCCAGCAUGGAUGGGAGGUUAUCCUGAAGGAGAUGGGGCUGGAUGCCGUGGUCUCCCCUGCCAGGGCAGGAAAAAAGUGGGAGAACCUCAAAAAAACCUACAAAGAGCUCAAAAAGCCCCCCACGGGAGUGAGCACCGAGUCAGGGGAAACCACUGCAGGCACCUGGAAGUGGUACAGUUUGAUGGACGAAGUGAUGGGGGACAAACCCUCCAUCAGCCCCCCAGUCCUCAUCACUUCGUCAGGAGGAGACCACUUUCAGGUGUCUGCAGUGGCUUCCCCUGAGCCCAGACGCGCAGAGGCAGAGGCAGAGGCAGAGGAAGAGGAAGAAGCAACGCCGAGGAAGAGGGCAGGGAAGAGGAAGGUGGACCCUGUCCUAGACUUCCUGGAGAGGGAUGCGGAGAGAGCAGAGGAGCGGGCCAGAAGGGAUGAAGAGCGGGAGGGCAGGCUCCUCAGCAUCCUGGAGAGAUUGGUGGAGAAGUUGUGAUUUUGUGAUUUUUUCAAUUUUUCAAUUAUAUUUUACUAUUAUUUAUUUUGUGUUUAAUUAAUUAAUAAAUUAUCUUCAAUUACAUUUUCAGUAUUAUCACUGUAGACUUGCUUUGCUUAAAGUAGAAACUCUGAAAACACUGUUUCAUACACUAAAAUAACGUUGGGGGUAAAAAUAUAUUUUUAAUUCAGGCAUAAUCAUGCCCCUCUGGAGCAACAGCCUGGAUGGGACCCAUCACCGCAGCCGCCAGUUGCCUCCUCACUUCCUCCCCACUGGGAUCCAACUGCUGUUGGGGAGGCUGGUCUUGAUUGUCGUCCCUCACCAUCACCACCUCCUCCAAGGGCAAGUCCUCCAGGUCCAUUGCAAUGUUGUGCAAAAUUGCACAACAUGCAAUGACCACUGGCGCAAAGGUGGGCUUGACCUCCAGGGCUUUUAAGAAGAUGGUCCUCCAGCGGGUCUUCAAGAUGCCGAAGGCCCGUUCAAUUAUUGAACGGGCCUUGGCGUGAUGCUGAUUGAACCGCCUGUCAAUUUCUCUCACCACUGGUUCACGGUAGGGUGUUAUCAAGGAUGGCGUGCAGGGAUACCCACCGUCCCCAAGGAUAAGGUAACCCUGUGGGGGGUACAGUUUGUCCGCAAAAAUGGGGCUGUUCCUGUACACCCGGGCGUCAUGGACUGACCCUGGGUAGCCAACACAUAUGUCCAGGAACAGCCCCUUGCUGUUGCACACCGCCUGCAGCUGCACUGAAAAAAACAGUUUCCUGUUUAAAUAGCAGGCCUGAUUCUGUGAUGGUGGCUUGAUCCUGACUUGGCAGCCAUCAAUGGCUCCCACAACCUUGGAAAAGGCUGGGGAACGUGCCAGCUGAGCAAAACCAUCGCCGAUGGUGUCCAGGUCCAUGGCAUGGGGGAGGGAGAUUAUUCGCUCCUUGAGCCUAAGGAUGUUCCCUGAGACGCGGUGGAUUAUGUCAUGAAUUGUUGUGCGUGGCAUAGCAAAGACCCUUGACACCACUCUAUAGGAGGUGGCACUGGCGAGCCAGAACAGGAAGACCAAGACCUCCAGUUCAAGGCCCCAGCCAGAACACCGUUGCUCAUUGUGGCGUAAGAGCGCAAUCAGCCUCAUGGUGGUGGGUCUGCUCAGACGAAAAUCUGUUUUCAGGUCGGAGGUCCCGUCGAAAAACAAUUGGAGCAGGGGGACCUGUUCGUUCCUUACACAGUAUCUUGCCGGCUCCGGCUGUAAUAGGCACCAAAUAAAGUGUCACUUCUAAACUA